UGGGUUCUGAGCCGGAAGACCUUGAACAGCGCAUCCACCAGGUCAACAAUGAGGCUUUGGAGAGCACUCGGAGGAUGUUGCAACUGGUAGAUGAGAGCAAAGAUGCCGGAAUCCGAACUUUGGUCAUGCUGGACGACCAGGGAGAGCAGCUCGACAGGAUUGAGGACGGCUUGGACCAGAUCAUCCAGGACAUGAAGGAGGCAGAGAAGAACCUCACGGACAUGGCGAAAUGUUGCGGCCUCUUUGUCUGCCCCUGCGCAAAGUUAAAGAAAAUAAAAGACUUGGAGGCCACCAAGGCCAGCAACGGCCAGGUGGUCUCUCGACAACCCUGUGUGGUGGCCGAUGGAAACCAGAUGGUCAUGAGCGGGCCCUUCAUCCAGAGGAUAACAAAAGACGACGUGGAAGAAGAGAUGGAACAGAACCUGACGCAGGUGGACAGCAUGCUGAGCAACCUUCGCAGCAUGGCGGUGGACAUGAGCAACGAAAUCGACGUCCAGACUAAGCAGGUGGACAGCAUUAAGGAAAAGGCCAACGCCAACGUGAUUAGCAUCAGCGCAGCCAACAACCAGACUACCAAGAUGCUGAAAAACGUCUGAACCGCCCCGCCGACCGCCUUUUAUCCUC